AUGGCCGACGUAGGAGCAUCAGCGCCAACUGUUCUACCUCCGCCUCUAGCAUUUGCUGCGUGGCUUGGUGAGAACCAGUCGAAGCUGCAGCCACCUGUCAAUAAUUACUGUCUUUACAGUGGCAAUGAUUUUGUGCUGAUGGUGGUCGGUGGUCCCAACGAGCGCAAUGACUUCCACGUCAACGAGACGGAAGAAUGGUUCUAUCAACUCAAAGGCGAAAUGGUACUCCGAAUUGUUGAGAAUGGGGCCUUUAGAGAUGUCCGCAUCAAGGAAGGCGAGAUGUUCUUACUACCAGGAAAUGUCCCACAUAAUCCCAUCCGAUUCGCAGACACGACAGGUCUAGUGAUGGAACGGAAGCGACCAGAGAAGGCUCUGGACCGUCUGCGUUGGUACUGCACAAAGGGACAUCACGAGGAGCUUACAAUCAUCCGAGAAGAGGUCUUUCACUGCGUAGAUCUAGGCACUCAGUUGAAGCCCCUGAUAAGGAAUUGGCAGGAGGACGAGGAAUCAAGGCGGUGCAAGGUCUGUGGUCAAGUAGAGAACCCCAUGUAA